AGUCCAGCCAUUCGCGUCUCUCAUUGCUUGCUCCCUCUUAACCUCCUUCUGGGUACCUGCAAAUACGCGUGUUAUCGUUUGCAACGCAGUCCAUUGUUUUCUCUUCUUUUUUUUCUCCUGGGUGUCGUUGCGGUGCUCGCUGCGUUGUCGCCUCGUAUGGUGCUUCUGGCUUGCUCUCUCUCUUCGUAUUUUAUGCUUCUUUUUUUUAGCUAGAUCUGCUUGUCAGCCUUGAUCAUGUCCUCCUACUGGUGGCCGCUGGGUCGUACCGUCACGCCGCCAGCGGCACCGCCACCGACAGCGGGACCCGCCACCCACGACCCUACCCUCACCGCCACCCCCGCUGCGUCGUCGUCGUCGACCCAUGCGGCCACGUCCGUUGCGGACAUGCGCCACCUCGCCCAGACCGCCUUCCACACAAGUCUGGAAAACCUGCUUGUCGAGGCCACCAAGCACCGCAGUCUCGUCCUCCUGCGCGAUGCGGUGCAGGACACGCGGCAGCACCACUACGACCCUUUGAGUCUCUUCAACACCUUGUGCAUCGCCUGCUCGUUGCUGGCGGAGCGGUGUGGGCCGGGAGGGGCGACGCGCAGCCUCAGCAACGCGGGCAGCGCCGCCCACGCAGCCGUCGGCGGCGCCAUCGAGGAGGCCCGCAAAGUCCUCCACAGCAGCGGAGAAAACGCGCGGCUCGCCGCCUCAGCGCCUGGCCUGCCACUGGCGGGGUCGUUUGGAUCAACCGGCGACGCCCCGCAGCAUCCCCCGCUGCCCAGCUCCUCGCAAGCCCUCCACUACCGACACCACGGGGCAGCGCGAAACUUACUGCAGCAGUCUAUCGGUGAUGUGGGCAAGCUCAUCGCACUGGGGCUGUUGCCCGUGACGCUCCCAGUUGGGCAGCGGGUGGCGGACCUCGUGCGCGAACUGGCGUUUCUGCCCUCCGCAGUCACCGCAACGACGCACACACCCUCCCCUCGCAGCACGGCGAGCCCGGGCGCCACAUCGAAUAGACCUCCCACGACACAGUCUCUCACACGCACGCCACCACCACCACCACCACUACCACACGAGCGAGACCGGUCAGGUGCGUCAGAGACAGCGAUGAACACCGUACCGGUGACUUCGGUCCACCUCGUCCACGACGAUCCGAUCCUCGUGCGUCUCCUGCAGCUGACCGCCUCUGCCGCCUCCGCCUGCCAACUCGGUAGCCCAGCUCUGCCGGAGCUCUACGGCGUUCUCCUCCUCUUCUACAGCGGGGUGGCGCCGCUGUCGAUGCUGGAGGCGACGUGUGAGGCGACACUGACGCAUCACAUCCACACUGUGCUGGCUGAGCUGCGCGACAACCGUGGGUCGGGUAGCGAGGUGGCGACGAGCAUGAACCAUAGCAACAGCACCGGCGGGCCAACCGCCGCUUCGGGGGCGGCUGUAAUCGCAAAGGCGUUACGCGGUGGAGACGCCAACGCCGCUUCCUCCGCUGCCUCGCCCUCAGCGGCGGGGACGACCGCUGCCUCGCCCUUCACGGCGCAACUGCACGGCGUUGCCUUCGUGAAGGACAUCUGUCGGCUUAUGGUCGGUGCCCGAACGCGCUGGCUGCAUCUCUCGCUGCAGCGCAGCAGUGCACAAAGGAGCGGGGAAGGCGCCGCCGCCUCUUUCCGGCACGCACCGGCGGUGCGUAAAGCGAACUCUGCAUCGUCGUCCAUGGCGGCUGUCACGGCGAGCGUCGUCGCCGCGGCGGCCGAUUUGGAGCGUCAGCAGCAGCAAUACUGCUCUUUGCACGGGACGCCGCUGACGACGGCCAUCGCGUCCGGCAACGGCGAGGCUUUCACUGAGUCGUUGAGCGACCUAAACAUCGCAUUGGGCGGUCGCAGCGGCGGCGGUGGUGGGGCGUUGGACUCCCCGGCCUCGUUGGCUCUCUCUGCCUCGGUGGCGGCCGCGACUGCCGAGACGGCGCGCCAGGCAUCCGUGAUGGAGUACGUGCCGGAGCGUCUGCGUGUUUUUCUCAUGCAGGCCGUCGCGCUCUUUUUUAAGGAGCAAUCCAGAGCGACUUCUUCGACGCAGCCGCCCGCCCUCUCCUCCACCGGUGCAGCCGCGCAGGCCGUUGAGGGUGGCCAGCACGCACCCCUCAGCGACAGCCCGCUGUACGUACAGUGCUUAAACGACUGCCUCUUCUCGGUGGCGCUGUGGGGUAUGUACGAGAUGGACAUCACCGUGCCCAUGCAGCCGCCGCCGCCGCUUUUUGUCGAGGUGAUGCAGCAGCAGUACACCGCCUCGCGCCCCAGCGUUGUCUGCUCGCUGGAGCUCUUCACCUGCACCCAGCAGCUCGCCCUCGUUACGGUGAGCGCCAACCUGGCCAGCAUGACAAACUCCGCGCAGAUUCUCAUGGAAGCGCACGAGCGCCUGCUGCAGCGGCUUUAUCGCAAGCGGAAGCUGCGCGGGUCGUCGCCGUCUCCGGUGCUCGGCGGUGGUGCCAUCCGCAACGACAACGUCAAAGAUGGAAGUUGUGUCGAGGCGCGUGACGCGUACGCGGAGCGGCUGUCGCAAGCCGCCAUUGCAGUACUGACGCUGUGGCGCAAGACGCUCACGGGCUCGUCGCUGCUGUGGGCGCUGCAGCAGCUGCGCUCGGCUCGCCUUGGUGCUGAUGCGGCCGUCGUGGCAGCAUCAUCAGAUGCCCAAGACAGGUCGUCGCCGAACAUGAGGAUGGGCAUGCCUUCUUUUUCCUCUACAAGUGUUAGUGGUUGUGGCGGAGCCGCGGCUUCUUUUUUUAACGAGCGCCACCGACAGUCGUCGUCGGUCGACUCCAGCACGGGUGACUACGCCAGCGACGGCGACGUGGACAGUGUGGGGCGCGGGAAGAGGAGGGCCGCCGAGGGACAUCGGCCGCCGCGUGGAGGGUCUGCAGAGGAGGACGUGGAAGAGGAGGAGGAGGAGAUGCUGUCUAGUGCGGACGGGGAAGGCGAGCAGGAGGACAGCGACCACGACAGCGCCGACCCAUCCAAUCCACCCCGGCAUUCCGUCUCGACUUCACCCGCGGCGCGAGGGGUCCGCUUUCUGCACCGCCCACAGCCCCUCACACUCCAACGCACGGCGGCCGUGGACGCGUACAGCGAUGCGGAGAACAGCCAGGACGACGCAGGCGGGGUUGGGUCGCCGCGGCUGGAGAUGGCACCGCUGGCGCGGCUGGUGAUAUCGGUGGCGAAGUUGAUCAUGGCCUACAUGCAGGCAGCACCACGGGCAUCGUCUCCGUCGCUGGGCAGAGUGCCGAAUAGCACCGGCAGCGACGAAGCAGUAGCGGUAGAAACAGCAGGUAGCACGGCGACUCUGUCUUCCGUGACUCCUCCCGCGCACGCCGCUCACGGUCUGCCAGGUGACGACAUAGCACCUGAUGUGCGGGUCAGCGACGAUACGGGAGCGGGGGCGAAGGAAAGCAACGCCGCGGUGCCCAAGAAGAGACGCGCUCCCCGCAUUCCUGUUCUUCCGUUCUGUCUCGGUGCAUCUCCACCCACAGUCUAUCAGUGUCUCACGGAGGCCAUCAGCUUCUUGACCGUCUUUGGUCAGUACUUCUGUCAGUUGGCGGAGAGGCAAUCCGAUGUGGUCGGGGAGGAGGCGCUGAAGCGGGAGCAGGUGGCGCGGCGCUGCUCCUCGUGGCUGCUUGACGUGCACCCCUACCUUCUGCGUUGUGGUGCCCUCUGCCUUCGGUGCCUGCGCUACGAGGAAGAUGUGCUGCCAGUGGCGCUGAAGGGCAUCGGGUACUGGGUACAGGUGAGCUGUGCCCUACAGCUGACGGAGCAGCGGGACGCCUACCUGGCGUUGCUCGUGCAGGCUCUACAACUGCCGGACCCCGUAGUGGGUCACCUCAUCGCCCUCUCUCCACCGUCCUCCCUCACGUCUAACUCGAGUGCUGGUGUUGCUGCUGGGACGACGACGACAGCGACGGCGUUAUCGCCCAACGUUGCCACGGUGGUGCUGGAGGCCCUCCUCGCCUUACACGACCGCUGCGCCGCGCGGGAGCGCAUCGUACCCGGCUCCGUCGCCGCAGCCGCCCUGAGCAUCGGCGGCUUCCGCGAUCCCAGCCCAGCCGGUCACGGCCACCGUCGAGGCGGCGCCGCCGCCGCUGCGAGUAUGGCCAGCUGGGGUGUUGGCUGGCUGCGGCGUCGCCGGCAUGCCUCGGGAGGUAGUGGCAGGACCACUGGCGUAGCGCACUCACGGACGGUGUCGCCAUCGCAGUCGAAGGUGCAAAGCGGGUCUCACACGUCAGCUGCAGCGGCGGCAGGAGGUACUCGCAGUGAGGGGCAGGAACAUCGUCCAACCUCUUCAGCCCAGCCCCCGCCCCUCAGCUGGCGCUCCCCCGCGGUGCAGCACGUGGUGGUGCUGGGCGUGUGUCGGCUGCAGCACAAAAUCCUCGUCAUGAAGACUCUCCACGUCAUCGCGAAUGCGCUCGGGGCGGAGCUGGACGGCGGUUUGGCCCUGCUGUCCCGCGGCACGGCGCUGACGGAACCGCUGUUGCACAUGCUGAAGCGGCUUCUCACCUGGAUUGAGGAGACCUCGGUGGAGCGGGAGCAGCAGGAACAGCUGCUGAGCGACGCCUUGCACCUGCGCGACGCCCUGCGCUCCCUCUGUGUGAACAACACCUGCCGUCUCUCGUACGCGCAGCUAAAUGUGUUCUUUGCGGGCUUGGUGAACGGCACGGUCGCGCUCAGCCCGUCAGCGCCCGAGGCGAAGAAGGCGGUGGGCAUCGCGCCGAGUCGCCACAGCUCGUCUGCUGAGGUGGACAACGAGGAAGCAGAUGUGGGCAGCGACGUGGGUUUUCCGCAGGACGAGCUGCGCAACACGUCCGAGUCGGCGUCUCCUUGCACAAUCGCCUACGCAGGCCUCCCGCGCCACGACCCGCAAGGCUGCGCGGAUCAGUGGGUUCUGACGUCUGAGUGUUUGUGUCUGUCCUUGCUGGCGAUGCUGCCCUUCACUGAACAGCGCAGCGGGGAGAUGAACACGGCAGCAGCGGUGCCUGCUAGGCCGAACGAGAUGAACACGAGCAGCCGCAGCAACAAUAACAGCGGCGUGUCGCCGGAGGGCGCACUUGGUGCGCAGGCCGUGCAGCAACAGCAGCGGCAGCGUUCCGGUGCCCUCAUGCGGGCCCUGCGUCUGUGGCAGCUGGAGACGGACAUGUGCCGCUACGUGAUGGACCCCCAGCGUGUAACGCACUGGGGCAUCACCCUCGUAACCAGCGCUGCGGCGCACCGACGUGUGCUGCUGCUCACCUGCACCGGACAAACCCGCCCAACGCAACAAGUACUGGACAGCCUCGCCGGUACCGUGCCGUUCCCCGCGCUGUCGGAGGACGAGACACGGGUAAUGGAGGUCACACUGACGACCGUCGUGGACCACGUGGCGGCCGUGGCGGCUCAGCUGUGUCGCUCUGCAGCGCGCCGUCGCAGCGCGGUGGAGCGUGACGAAGCCGCGGCCGCCGUCAUGAGUGGCAACAGCGCAACGUCCUUUGCGCGUGAGGGUCCGAUGGGUGGUCGAUAUCCCGGCGGUGCAGUAGGACCUGGAAGCAGCGGCGGCGUGAACAUCAACAGCGCUGUAGCUUUGUCGUAUCAGGCGGUGCAGAGUUCAGCGCUGGUGCUGACGGCGGGCCCCUUCGCUGGUGCACCGCUCAUUCAAGUCACCAACACACUAUUUGCCACGCCCGCUGGAGCACCGUCGUCCACCGCCGCUGCUGCUGGGAAGGAUGCCCAGUCGUUGCGGAACAACACCAGCAGCGGCAGUGGAAGUCGUACGCCGCUGCCCUCUUCGUUGUUGCCCUUCGUCCAAGCGGACGCCUCGCUGAGCACGGCGGCCAUCGUGUACAGCCUGCAGCGCGCGGUGCAGACCUUUGCGAUGCGGAACACGUACGCCGCAGCGCAUCACCACCGCGACGUCGGCUCUCCCCUAACAGGGAUGGUGAAUACCACCGUCAGCAGCCGUGUGAGCCAGAGUGGUGGUGGUGUGGUGGUUUCCUUGGAUCCACUGGAGCAGCUGCUGGCCAGUCCAUUUGCGCUGUUGGACGACGUGUACCAGCAGUGGUCGCAGCCACAGCGCGUCUUCACGGCACUGAAAGAAGGGAGUGGUAAUCAAACUGUUCGACUGAGAGAAGACAGCACAGCGCAAGGAGCCGCCUCCACCACCAAAGGAGCAUCAGCAGAAGCAACAGCAGCGGGAGCGUUCUCUUUGCUGCAGCAGCCCGGUGACGCGCAGCGCAGCAUCGACAACAGCCCCCCGACCUCUCCGGUGAAGGAAGCCGUCCGCACCGUGCCGGAGACGGCUGCCGCAGCCGCAGUCGUGGCCGAGGCGGUGCCGCCGCUGCUGACGAGCGCGGCGACGGCCGUGCUGACGGCUGCAGUGAAGGUGGUGCAGACGUACGGCGAGGACAUCGACGGGGCCGCGUGGGAGCCAAUUCUGUCCCUCCUACAGCGCACGGCCGCUGCCUUUCCCACGCUCACUGGACAGGGCACAACCGAGGCGCGUACGAGCAGUGGUGGAAGUGGCGUGAGAGGAGGCGCAAAGCCCGAAGGCACGAGCAGCGCGCAGGCCGUCGAGUCGCUCAACACGGCCUUCCGCGCCCUCGAGAGCAUCCAGCACAAUCACAUCCCUCGGCUGAAGGUGGAGGGGCUGCAUCGGCUUGUUGUGUGCAUUGGCGCCUUCACGGUGCACCGCGUCGACGGCGGAGUGCCGGGCGAGCGCAAGCUGCACAUCAACCUGAGCGCCGUGCAGCUGCUGUGGUCUACGGCGGACUACCUUGCCGCCUUCAGUGGAGAGAAUGGAAGCGGUGGUGGUCAUAUGGAAAGGCAGAACGACGCGUCCGCUAUCAUUGGCGCUGGUUUUGGUUACGGUGGUGAGGGUGCCGCCGACAACUUCGAACUAAUGCAUGAUAGCGGUGAUGGAGGUGGUACUUUCAGCACUGGACACGUUGCAGCGGGUGCCGCCCACACACCAACUUCUCAGCAAGACCGUCUCUGGUGUUCGCUGCUGUGGCAGCUGCGCAACGGCUGCCUCGAUGACCGGCAGGAGAUCCGGCAGUCCGCCAUGCAAACCCUCUUCGCCCUCGUUCAGAACUACGGCUGGCGCUUUUCAUGGACGUGCUGGCGGUGUGUGCUGCACGACGUGCUGCUGCCGUUGAUUGAGGUAGUGGCCGCCGCUACGGUGCUCUGCGCGACGCCGGCGUCUGCAGACGGGCCUGCGGUAAUCAACAUGGCGAGCGGACCCACCUCGACACCGGUCACCUCCACCGCAGCAGCAGCAUCCACGACGACCGCCAUUACGCAAGACGCCGUUGUCCAACUUCUGCUGAAGGCCUUCACGGAGCAGCCGGCGCAGCUGGAGGAGGUCCGUGUGACGCUCUACGACGCGGGCAGUCGCCUCUUCGUCACCCAUUACGCCAACAUGCAAGCCGCGCUGCGGAGCUCUCUCCCUUCCUCUGCUGGAGUCGGGAAUGACGAAGCAGACCACCUUGCAUAUGCCACCGCCCCUGCAGGCGUGUCCACCACUUUUCAAGCCGGCAACACCGGCGACACCGGCGAAGCCACGCGGGUGCUGGAGGCGUUUCUGCGGCUGUGCGGGGAUGUGUGUGUGGUGGUGCGCGGCACCUCCGGCGAGCCGUCCGCGAUGGCCGCCGUCCACGCCCUGCACGGACUUCUUGUGGAGCUGCCCGGCGACGGACUCUACCCGCUCGGAGUGCACUUGGCGUGGUGUGCGCUGGAGCGGCUGCUGUACCGCGGCGAUGAGCCGGGCGACCGCGUCGGAAGGCCGCCGCCCCAGCACCAUCACACGCCAGCCGAGGCCCCGUCGUCCUCCUCCUCUUCUUUCCCGUCUCCUUCGCCGUUCGCACACACGGAGACGAAGCAGUGCACCUUGGCGGUGGUGGCGGCGAUUGUAGCGGCGCUGUGUGACAGCUUCCGGAUGCAGCGCAUGAUGGCCGCACCGGUAGCCACCGCAUCCGCUGCAGCUGCUGAUAUGAGAGAGGAAAGCGAUCCUAAGUAUAGUGGCAACCCGCAAGCUUUGGCCGCGACAGACCGCAGCCCCGGUGGCUACAGUGGCGGUGGUCUGGCGGAUAGGGUCAGCUCCUACAUCAGUGGAAUGGGCAGUAAGUUCAGCAAGUCCGGCACGAACACGAGUCGAAGUGCUCGGACAAGCCCCGAUGCCCAACGCAGCAGUUCCCAGGCACAGUACUUUACUCGUCUGCUCUUCGUUCUGCAAGCCGUCACCCGCUGCAACGCCGUGGUGAGCUCGUACUACUUUCCCAGCAAACCGCAGACGACGCUGCUGGAGGGCGUCAUAGCUGUGUGGCCGACCUUGACGAGCCGUGAAGCACGCAUGUUGUGGGGGGAGGUGUUGCUGCCGGCGUUCCCUGCCGCAGAAGAUCUACAGCGCUUCGUCCUGCAAGACGUGACGACCGCGACCAAAGAGACGGCCGGCAACAACCACAACACCACGUCGCCUGAUGCCCCGAGCACGUCCGUGACCACGACUAUAGCAGCAGCAGCAUCACGCCCUCCCCCGCUACGUGUGACCCUCAAAACGAUGAUGCCGCCUGGCUCACACCCGAGUUACCUCAGUGCUGUCAUGGACACAAUGCGCCAGUUGCUGCUGCUGCACAUGGGCAUCGUGCCCACCUCACCGAACGCGGCACCGGCUAUCGAAGAAGCAGCAGCAGCAGCAGCGGCCACCACCACGAGCACCGCCGGUGCAGUAGAAGAUCGCACGCGGCUGCUCUUUAUGGCACCGAGCACGGUAGACGUGGCGGGGACGCUGUUGCUACUGCACCUCGCCUCACCGGCGGUGUUGGCCGGUCCACCGCGGGCGGGUAGUGGAGGGGUGCUCUUCACGCUACCACCGAUGUUUCUGCAGGAGUGCACGGACUUGCUGCAGUUCACGCUGUGGGGCCCGGUGCUCUCGCGGGCGCCAGUCACGGAGAGGGAGCAUGACGGCGUGCCCAGCAGCAGCAGCAGUAGCGGUGGUGGUGCGGGCGGGCUUGGACUGGGGCUUGGAUUGGAUACGCGUCGAACCGCCUCGCCGGAGGUCGACGGAUCGCUACCGGCGGCUGCCCGGUGUCGGCGCGAAGGUGUUGAAGCUCUGUGUCGUGUCUUUGAGCGUUUCCUCGCCGCGACCUCGACGGUGGUCCGCUUUCUGGAUGCGUCGUCGUCGCGUGUGAGCCCUCGCGUGUCGGCGGCAGCCACCCCUCUUCCCCAGUCACCACCACCACCACAGCAGCCGUCAUCUUCCGUGUCUUCCUCCUCCACGGCGACGCCUGCGCCGGCUUCGAACGCGACCGUCACCAUUACCACAACGACGGUUCCGCAGCACGUCACCGCCUCCCUGCAGUCGCUGGACAGUUUGGUGGACACGUUAGGCGAGGUCGUGCGCGUUGUGAUGGAGCAGCACGAGGACGUGGAGGCCGCCACGGAGGCGAUCACCGCCCUUUCGCUCGCGUCCACCGCAGAGGGCCUCGCGCUGGCCCGCGUGGCGAAGCGCAGUUUGGCGCUGCUGCAGCGAUGGGCGGAUGCCGUCGUCGGCGCAGCGUCCCCUGCCAGCGCACGGCACCGCAGCGACAGCGUCGACAGCGCUUCGUUUCCGGCGAGUCAUCGCGCAGCGGACGGUGCUGCGUUGCCGGUCGGGCACCCUCUCGAGGGCCUGGCAUCGCGCAGUCAGCUGCAAGACGUGGCGCGCGCAUCGAUGGAGACACGAAACAGAGCCAUCAUGAAGCAGUACGGUGAGAACCCCGACGACGCUAGCGUGAGUGCGCUGCUCAUCGACACGUUACGCGACAUGCUGCGUGUGGCACAGAAGGAUGUGGGAACGGCGGAGGAUGACCGCCACGAAGCGUACUCGCUGGAGCAGUGGGACGGUGUGAUGCCGGAGCUGCUGCAGCUGGUGGCGUGCUGCAGCAAAGAGCCGACGAGGAGUGCAGGUGCCAUGACGAGGGAGAAGGAGGUGCGGGAGACGCUUUCCAGCAUUCUUGCCGUACUGCACGAGCGACGCCGGCAGCGCGGUCGCUCCCCAUGCACAACAGCUAGACGCAGCAGCAACAACAUCAACAGUAGUAGUAGUCAGGUCACCUCGCAUGCGUCGAUGGUGCCACAGCAGCAGCUGAAGCGCACAACCGCCACCAAAUCGGAAGAAGCAAUGUCGAUCAUCUAA